CACAGCCACAACACUGCAAACAGAUUGUGAGACUGAAACCAGACAAGGAAAGGAGAAAAAUAAAAUAUUAAAAAGGUGUGAAGUUCAAGUUACGGAAUUAUACCCCAUCACUAUGGAAACAGAGCCCAUGGUCAGCCCCCAAUCUCCUAAGAGUCCAGUCUCCCAGGAGGAUUGUGGUCUCUGGAUGGAGGUUGGCUGUAAACCAGCAGAGGACACAGAUAUGGCCAAAGACAACUCCUCCCUGACUUCUGGGGAAAAGCCCUGUGAGGCCUGGCAGGCUGUCAUACCUCCUCCUCCCCCUUUGGUCACUGCAGGCCACCCCAAUGGGAUGGAGGAGGAUGACGAUGUCUUCAUCCUUCCCCCACUAUGCACAGACCCCUCUUGUCCAGAAGAGGGCAGCACUAUGGAGCCCAAUAUAAAAGUCUCAGGUGGGGCCAUAAGCGUCACAGAGGCUAAAGAAAAUCCCAGGAGCUUAGAUGGAGUCCAUGCUGAGCAGCCUAGCAGCACUCCAAUCAUGGACAAGGCUACAGUAAGAGUGGAAGAGGAGCAGCUGACUGAACUGAAGAAGGGAGGAACUGUGGAUAUCACAGUGCUGACUGAAGGAACUGGCUCUGCCACGCCACCACCAACAGACGGAUAUAAAGCAGUGGGUGCCAGUAGCCCAGAGCAGCCACAUCCGAACAUGGAAGUCAGCAUUCUGAAAGAGACAGAUCCUGUCCUGUCAUCACAGACAAGGGAGUCUGAGCCAGAGCACUGCCUUGACAACAAUAGUCAUCCAACCUAUGAAGGGACCAUCAUGGAGCCAGAACAUACAGACGAGAGUAACAGUGAUGUUGAGGACAUGGUCGAUGGUAGAUCACUAGACUACGACAUGACCAAAGACGAGUGGGUCAGGAGAGACAGUGCUAGCAGUGACGUCCAGUGCCCCCAGCCUCACCUUUCUAUUUCAAGAGGCUUAUCCAGAGAACAGGUAUCAGUGCCCUCACCUCAGUCACCUGCCUCUGAGCAGCAGGAGCAGCAGGAGGCUGGCAGCCUGACAGUAGCUAAAGACAUCCAGCAGGGGGAGCAGCUGCUGCAUCGCCUGCACCUGGUGCAACAGAGACAGGACGGAAAACAGGUGCCACAGGAGCCUCCGCCUUCACACCAGGUAGCCAUGAAGACAGCCAAUCAGGAUACAGGCUACCAGGAGGUAGAGAGAAUCGAGUGUAGGAGGGAGGAGGAAGAAGAAGAAGAGGAAGGAGGGAAUGAGGGAACCGGUGAAGAGAGAGAGCAGGGAGAGAGAGUACAGCUUCACACUAUCGAGGUGGAAGAGAAGGCAGCAUUAAGUGAGGAGGACACAGAGAUUCCAGAGAAAGAAGAUAUUCAAACAGUGAGAGGAGAGAAAGCGGAGGAGGUCCAGUCUCAUCCUCCUGCCCAGCUCAGUGUCCAGCCUAUGGUCAGGAUAGAGACAGAAUGCAGUGACGAUGACCAGAGUGACAGCGGGGUGUCCACUGACUUCUCCCCUGUCGGCACACACGAGAUCCAGACGACCACAGACCCCACUAUUGACAACAAGGCUCCCCCACCCCAGAAUGAGACUCCCAUCGAGAGGGAGAUCCAGCGAACUGCUGAGAGGGAGCAGAGCCUGUGGCGGUCCAGGUGCAUGUCAAAUACCCAGGAAGGUCAGGAGGUGGUGGACAUCCCACUGAUGAAGACUCCCCUGCUGGCUAAGACACUGUCCUCUAAGGUGGGGCCGGGGCAGGGCGCUGACUGGCAGUUCUCAGAGAAGAAGAUGCAGAAGGAGAUCAGCCAGGAGAUCCAGAGGGAGCUGGUCCUGGUGAACAUGGGGAAGAUCCCUGGAGUCUACAGCAAGGGAACAGUACGCCAGAUGAGGGAGAGGAAGCUGUUGUUUGAAGCCUUCCAACAAGGCAAUGUAGAAGGACCCACCAGGCACAGGAGACCCCCCACCACAGCAAGCCUGGGGAUGAGAGGUCAUGUCUACCCCUCUGUGCUGGAGAGGACGCGUAGCAUGGAGCUUGUCUCUCUCAAAGGCUGCCCUCUCUCAAGAGCCCACUCCCACCAGAUGUUUGACUUAAAGAGCCAAAAGGAGGCUAGCUCAGGCCAAAACCCAAGUGCAGAGAGCCAACCAGCGGAUAAAGAAGUAGAGCGGAAGGUGAUUAUUCUGGAAAGUGACGACACAAUCAUAGCCCACUAUCCGAACCAAGACAGAGGAGCCCAGCGCCUCUGCAGAAGCCUAGACUGCCUAAUUAUAGGGGGCACUGUCUUUACUGAGGAGGAGGCCACGGAUGAGGUGAGGGGAGAACAGCCAGGGCAUGAGGACGAGGGCUCCGACAUCCUCAGGGAGAACCCCUUCUUUAAGCUGCGUCCCUCACUGGCCAUGAAGCCGGAGGUGGAGAAGGACAUCCGGGAAGCCAGGGAGAGGGAGGAGGAGCUGCGCAGGCAGAGGUGCAGUCUGUACGGAGAGACAGGAGUCAGUGGGGGCAGGCCAGACAGCACAGAGGACCCCGGCCCAGGCUCACCUACCACACUCACUCCCUCAUCCACUUCCUCUUUCAAAGCAUCAGUUGAUGGCCGACAAUCCAAGGGGAAGUUGGAUCGGACCUGGCCUCCUCCCAAUCCUAAGAGUGCUAGGGAGAACCCUGGACUAACACAGGAGCCCAAGGUUUACAAGGCAGGCGGCCAGAAAACUCCUCUGUGGCAGCAUUGGGAGGCAGGUAUGGUGAACGGGCCACUGCCACGGGAAAUGGACUGAUACUGGAGGUCACUAAUACCAGUCCCUCUAUAACAUUAACAUUCCAAAUAUAUCACUAAGGAACUAGGAUGGUAGAACUGCAUCAUUCAAAUUGUGGCAAUGAACUACGAUGGCAAAAACUUGAAUUAGUUUUAGCUUGAACAUUCCAUGCUUUGUAAGACUGAAAUCUGUGUUGUAUAUAACAUUACAAUUUCAUUACAAAUGUUUACAAUGUACAAAAGACGUCCUCUCUCAUUUAAUUGCUCUGCUUGUAAAGGUGUAACUACUCUUCAGUGUUCGAUCAAAAUGACACGUCAUCCACAAUUCAGAUAAAUGUCAUUAUCAAGGAUUGCAUAAAUGUGAAGGUAAUCAAAACUACUAUCAAUGUUUCAAUAAACUUACAAAUGCCGUAAUCAUAUCUCAGUCUGUACAUAGCUCAGUUUUGUCCCAUCAGGCUCUGCUUAUCAGUAUUGUACAGUUUGUUAAUACAAUCCAGUGAGGGGAA